AAGCUCUUGUUUACGUCCAAUAGCAAAUGUCCAAUCUUUAGACAAGGACGGCGACAAGUUAAAAGAAUGUCUCAAAAGAUCUUGAAUAGUAGACGGACGGAUUACUUUUUUGCCAUAAAAAAACCCCAACAAGUUAUAAAAUUGAGAAAGGAAAUGGUGAAUAUGUCAAAGCGACAACCACCCGACCAUAGAGCAGACAACAGCCGAAGGCAACCUAUGGGUCUUCAAUGUAGCGAGAAUUCCGGCACCCGUAGGUGUCCUUUAGCUGGCCCCUAAAAAUAUGCAUAAUAGUACAGUGAUAAUGGACGUAAAGUUAGAGCAUUUUGCCGGUUAGGUCAUACAAUUAACUUGUCAAAAUAUAAUUUGCUAGUGAAAUUACUACUGAAAAAGGUUCUUCCUAAUAUACCUUUUUGAUUUAGCCUCUCCGAUCGGACUCUGUAACAUAUGAAGAACAAACUUUUACGAAAAUAUGUGACAAUACCCAAAAUGAACGGUCAUAAAUACAAAUAUUAAAUGGCUUUAUAAAUUUUAAACUAGAUGUACUAGUAAAUAUUUUGUUGAAAAUUGUCCUAUUUUAAUAGAUUGAUUAAAAUCAUGAGGCAAUAAAAAUAGAUAACAAAUGAUAAUCACUUUUGACUUUAUUUCGACAAUUAUAAAAUCAUCAUUUAAUCGGCAAUCAAAUACUUGAAAUGAUUGUCCAGCGAAGUCAUGACACAUUCGUGAACAAUAAACAACAGCUCGCAAAGGACGCUCGGUGAAGUGGAAGGUGGUCAGAUAAGUACAGAAGAACUCAACUUACAAAUAUUGACUUGCCUGUUUGAUGGGUGCUUUCACUAAUAACAUAUAAUUGAAUAAUAGUAUGAGACAUCACACUCGUAUAAUUUUACCAUGCCUCGUUUUCAUUGUGAUAUUCGUGAUGCACCAUGUCACUGUUUUGGUACAAUAUGAAUAUAAAAGGGCAACAAAAUACCGAUGUCCGUAUAAUAUGUGUUCAAAGUCUACUCAGAUUAAAAAAUUACGAAAGAAUGAAGUAAAAGUUGCUGCCAAAUCAAACAGAUCGGUCAAAACACAUCCGAACGAACAUUUUCUAACGUUGUUCACGACCUUUGAUCCCAAAAUGGAGAAGUUCGUUGUUUAUAAUAACACUUUACAUAACUGGAAAUUGCUGAAACCCGAUGAUGUAAAACUGGUCUUCUUCUCUGAUGACGACAAACUACGGUCACAUGUUAAAAGUAUCGGAUGGGAUGUCACUUCAAGCAUACCACUUAAAGCAUGCAAUGGGACGCCCGUUUUGAAAGAAAUGUUUCUAAAAAUUAAAUCAAUGUUUAAAAGCAAAUUUUAUGCAUAUGCUAAUGCAGAUAUUUUAUUUGAUCGUGGAUUACUAAAUACUUUACAUUAUUUAUCAAAGUUUCAUAAAUUAUAUUAUCAUCCUUUAUUAAUUAGUGGGAAACGAAUGGACUUUCACAUUGACAGAUUAAAUACAGAGCGAAUUAGCGGAUAUGAAGAGAUCAAAAACCUUAUAAUACAAAGUUCAAUGUCGUAUGGUUUUGCAGAGGAUUAUUUCAUUGUAAAUAGUCAGUUUCCAUGGAAAAUAGUCAGUGACGUAGUGAUAGGGCGAUCAAUGGUGGAUAAUUACAUCGUUUAUAUGGCCAGAAAAAAUGGAAAUAUAAAUGUAAUCGAUUCAUCAGCAACAAUCGGUGCUCUACACCAAAAGACUGACCACAGAAUAAAAAUUAAAAUGGGCAAUUGUAACAGGAAAAUUAUUGGAUCCAAAUUUUCCCGCCAUAUGAUUUCUAGGGGAAAUAUUGAAUGUGCUCCAUGGGAAACAAGAAAUCUGAAUAACGAAAUUGCAUUCAUUAAACGUGGAAUGUUCACAACUGUAUGCUGAUAUUAUGUAGAUAUGUUCUCUUGUUUGUACUAUACAAGAACAUUCAAAAAGUUAUUGAGUACAGACUAAUUGAACUGACCACGGUAAUCUGCUGCUCCUCUGAGUUUUACGAUACUACUUAUUGGCAGCUAAUCUAAACAAAGUAAACUGUAAUUUUCUCAGGUGGUAGAAGAGAGCGCACUUUAUUACUUUUAAUAUUUAAGUAUAUAUAAUGAUGUGUCA